CUCAGUGAGCAUCUUGUCAUUCAUCUGUAGGUUUCUGAAUGCAAUUGGCCGUCCAGACAGGCUCCAAGUCUUCACAACCUAUUUGCCGUGUGUAAGAAUAUGUACAACUGGCUCAAGCAAAACCCCAAGAAUGUGUGUGUAAUCACCUGUUCGGAUGGCAGAGCUCCUUCAGGCGUGCUGGUCUGUGCCAUGUUCUGUUUCUGCCAUCUUUUCGCCAACCCGGUGCCAGCCAUGCAGCUUCUCAGCGCCAAGAGGCCUGGAUCUGGCCUGUGGCCCUCCCAUAGGAGGUACAUAGGUUAUGUAUGCAGUUUAGUCUCAGAGAAGCCCACCGUACCCCACUCCAAACCACUAGUUAUUAAAACUGUCACAAUCAGUCCUGUUCCCUGCUUCAACAAACAGCGCAGUGGCUGUCGGCCAUUUUGUGAUGUACUAAUUGGUGAGACCAAGAUAUUUUCUACAGCUCAGGAGUACGAGAGAAUGAGAGAACACAGGAUUCAGGAGGGCAAAGUGGUGUUUCCUGUGGGAGUGAGCGCACAAGGAGACGUGGUGAUUUCAGUCUAUCACAUGCGCUCUCAUGCACUUCAGGCCAAGGUAACAAACACCCAGAUAUUCCAGAUUCAGUUCCACACUGGUUUCAUUGCCCCUGGCAGCACAGUCUUGAAGUUUAUGAAGACAGAGCUGGAUGCCUGUGAUUCUCCAGAGAAAUACCCACAGCUGUUUCAUGUGCUGAUAGAUAUCGAGGUUGAAAGCACGGAGAAACAGAAAGAUCUCACUCCACCAUGGGAACAGUUUCCCACCAAAGACCUGAGCCCCAAUGUGCUCUUCUCCUGCCAUCAGGAACACCAGGAUGCACUUGCUAUUGCAGAUGAAAUGGAGGGCUUGGACUUGGAAGAUCCCGCUCAGGGCCAUAGCAGUUGCGGAGGCAGAGUGGGGCCGAAUGAAGAGAGCGAACCAUCUGAUGAUGAGAUGCUGUCCCUUUCUAGCCAGCAGAGCAACGCGAGUAAUGAGAAAUCAAAAGCAGCUAAAAGGCCAGAGCCGCAGGCCGCAGCGCCGCCUCCUCCAGCAGCUGAGGAAGUGGAUCUUCUGGGUCUGGAUGGAGACGCUGCUAAAAUUCCUCCAUCCUCCCCUCAACCCCCAGCCAACAACACUACCACAGACCUGCUGGGGGAUCUGUUUGGAGCUCCACCAACACCACAGCCAGCCAGCUGUCCAGGCUCUGCUCAGUCCACGCCGCGGAGAUCCGCACAGUCCUCCUCACCCGGACCUUCACCCCGAUCUGGAAACACUUUCGACCCGUUCGGGUCUGGGCCCGCUCCUGCCCCUAAGCCACAGGAUUUCAUGGGUGCGUUCCUGGGUCCAGGUAAUAUGGGGCAGCCAGACCCCUUCCUGCAUGCUGCACGAUCUCCGUCUCCUACAAUGCAGAACAUGGGCAUGGGCCGCAGCUCACCUGUUCCUCCCUCAACUCCCACUGUCAACAUCCAGCAGCAGAACUCAACAGGAGCCUGGGAAUGGAACAAACCAGCGGCUGCAGGUGGAGGUUUUGGGAUGGGCAGUAAAUCAGCCAGUACUAGUCCAACAAGCUCAGCCCAUGGUACACCCACCCACCAGACCAAACCGAACACUCUUGACCCUUUUGCUGAUCUGGGUAAUCUGGGAGCAGGCCUUGGAGGAGGUGGUUCAGGAUUUUCCAGCAAACCCACAACACCGACUGGAUCUGGAGGUGCAUUUCCACCAAUGGGCUCCCCCCAGCGUCCCGCACCCUCCCCCCAGCACACCGCAUCUGGAGGCUGGCAUCCCAACACCGGCUUCCCCUCGUGGCAGGCUGGAGGAGGAGCUCAGUGGCAGCCACAGGCUCAGGGGACUCCGACUAAAGCACCCCCAGCAUCCAUGCCACACACUUCACCACAGAACAGACCCAACUACAAUGUCAGCUUCUCUGCCAUGAGCGGAGCAUCGCCUGGAGCCCCUGGCCCAAAAGCACAGCCUAAUAUGGGAACCAGACCAAAGGUUUCAGAUGCUAACUUUGAUGACCUGCUCUCAGGCCAGGGCUUUGCUGGCGGUAAAGAGAAGAAGGGACCAAAAACCAUAGCAGAAAUGAGAAAAGAGGAGAUGGCAAAAGAAAUGGACCCAGAGAAACUCAAGAUCCUGGACUGGAUUGAAGGGAAGGAGAGGAAUAUCAGAGCGCUGCUGUCCACUAUGCACACAGUGCUUUGGGAAGGGGAGACCCGCUGGAAACCUGUAGGCAUGGCUGACCUCGUCACACCAGAGCAGGUCAAGAAGGUCUACCGCAAAGCUGUGCUGGUAGUUCACCCUGACAAGGCUACUGGACAGCCCUACGAACAAUAUGCCAAGAUGAUUUUUAUGGAACUAAAUGAUGCCUGGUCGGAAUUUGAGAGCCAAGGACAGAAAGCUCUGUACUAAGACUUGCUGUAAAUGAUCACAACCAGUCAGCAGUUCCUGCCCACUUUAGACACCCCGCAACCCAGCAGUCCUUGAAAUGCUCCUUUGUUAUCUCUCCCACCUCCAGGACCCCUGCUUCAUAGAGACGUCAGAGCUUACAUCUACAGUAUAGUUGUGUGUAUCUCUCUAUCCAUCCACGUAUCAGGUUAGAUCAUGCCCUAGGCCAACAUAUCUGCUGUACCAGAAGACUGCUGUUGGGAAAAGUACUGUAGCAUUCAGGUUUGUCUUAAGAAACUCUUUAUUUGUGUUUUCCCAGGACUCACCUGCAUAACAAAGUUCAGAGUUUGCCGUUACUUAUCUGUGACAUAUUUCUGUGAACAAUAUGAGUCACGAAAGUCGUCAAACAAUGUCUGGGAGGAGCUUUCGGAUGAGUUUUUAAUGUAGUGCUGAGGAAACAUCUUCUAAGAAAAAAAAAAUGGAAUUGUGUGUAGACACUCCAGGAUACUGCAAAACAACCCAUACAAACUGGAUUAAAUACUGCAGCAAUUCAAUUGGGUGUUGAUUUAUUAAAAGAAUAGUUUACCCAAAAAUAAAAAUUUUCUGUUUAGCUGAAACUGUGAUUCUUUGUGACCAGUAAAAUACAAAUGAAUGGAGACUGGCACUUUGAGAGGAAAAAUAAAACACAUACAGACAAAUUUAAAUGAAUCCACAUGGAUUUUGAUGAUAUAUUAAGGUCUUACAAACUGAAGUGGUCAUUUUUACCUUUUACAUUUUAAGUUUACACACUGCAAAUAAUGCUUUUCCUACUUAAAGUUUUUGUUUCUAGUCCAAAUAUCUAAAAAGAGAC